UGCAUCUCAGAUUCUCAGGUUUGGAUAAAACCGAAAAGAUAAACUUUGGUGUAAGAAAGACACACAGAAAGAAAGAAAGAAAGAGAGAGAGAGAGAGAAAAGCAAAGAGGUUCACGUUCAGGUUCACUUUCACGAGCCUAUCACCGACCUCUGCACCUGCAACUUCCUACUUCAACUUCAACCACUGCAAGCGCUGAAGGAAAAAGAAAAUAAAAAAUUCCCCAUUUGGUUGGGUUGGUGAAAGUUGAAGCUUUUUCACGGGCUCAAGUAGUAACUUUAGCUUGGUCUCUUCUUUUGUUUUUUCAGCAUCGACCCUCGUUUUGAUUUGCAAAGAUCUGAUCUGGGUCGUGGAUAUUUCAAUGUGAAAGUUAAGGUUUUGUUGGUGGGUUGGUGUUUUUGGCGCAUAGGAAUAGAAAAGGUAGGAUUUUUAAAGGGGUGGAGAUGGAUCGUUCUGCGAUGACUGUUGGGCCUGGAAUGGACUUGCCAAUCAUGCAUGACAGUGACAGGUAUGAGCUGGUGCGUGAUAUUGGCUCUGGAAAUUUUGGGGUGGCAAGGCUCAUGCGGGACAAGCACACUGAGGAACUUGUUGCUGUCAAGUAUAUUGAGAGAGGUGAUAAGAUAGAUGCAAAUGUACGAAGGGAAAUUAUAAAUCACAGAUCACUGAGGCAUCCCAAUAUUGUCAGGUUCAAGGAGGUCAUAUUGACCCCUACACAUUUGGCUAUUGUGAUGGAAUAUGCUUCUGGAGGAGAGUUAUUUGAGCGAAUAUGCAAUGCAGGACGAUUUAGUGAAGAUGAGGCACGCUUCUUCUUCCAACAACUUAUAUCAGGGGUUAGCUACUGUCAUGCAAUGCAAGUAUGCCAUCGUGACUUAAAGUUGGAGAACACGUUGUUGGAUGGUAGUCCAGCUCCUCGUUUGAAGAUUUGUGAUUUUGGUUAUUCUAAGUCCUCAGUGCUACAUUCACAACCAAAAUCUACUGUUGGUACCCCUGCAUACAUAGCUCCUGAAGUUUUGCUUAAGAAAGAAUAUGAUGGCAAGAUUGCAGAUGUUUGGUCUUGUGGGGUGACCUUAUAUGUCAUGUUGGUGGGUGCAUAUCCUUUUGAGGAUCCUGAGGAACCUAAAAAUUUCCGCAAGACGAUUCAUAGGAUUUUGAAAGUCCAGUACUCAAUUCCUGAUUAUGUUCAUGUAUCUCCCGAGUGCCAGCAUCUAAUAUCAAGGAUCUUUGUUGCAGACCCUGCACAGAGAAUAAGUAUUCCUGAGAUCCGAAACCACGAAUGGUUUUUGAGGAACCUUCCAGCUGAUCUCAUGGUCGAGAACACGAUGAACAACCAGUUUGAGGAGCCUGAUCAACCAAUGCAGAGCAUUGAAGAAAUCAUGCAGAUAAUCAGUGAGGCUACAAUUCCUGCAGCUAGAACUCAGUCUCUCAACCAGUAUCUAACCGGUAGCUUGGACAUUGAUGACGACGACAUGGACGAGGACGACCAAGAGUCAGAUCUUGAUAUUGAUAGCAGUGGAGAAAUAGUUUAUGCAAUGUAAGCUGCUGGCAGACAAUGCAAACUGACUUCUAUGGUUAAAUUAAAUAGUAUACCAUGGGUUGUUCAGUGUGUUUGGAAUAUGUGGAAGAAAAAGAUUUCACAUCUAAAUGGAAGGAUUGUGUGAUAGGAGAUUUUAUAUUGUGAGAAUCCAUCCUGCUUAUAGUUUCUGGUCUUUGAUGAUUACAUGCUUUUGUAUUCAUAGUUGUGUCAUUGUUAUAUUAUGAAGUGGUUGCCUUUCCCUUGAAGAAGUACUUUGUUCUUGUCAUAUGGUCAUGUUGGUUAUUUAUUUAAUUCUCAUUUUGAAAAAUGAUUCAUUGA